CUAGCGGCAGUGGUAGCGCCCGGGGCGCUGCUGGGCGCGCACUUCGAAGCAGCGGCGACGGCUGUGAGGGGCCGCUGAACGCGUCCCUGCCUCCCGCUACAAGUUCUGUUGGUUACAGCCUUAGCGAUCCUCGGUGCAUUCCAGUUUUUAACGAACAGACGAAACCCCAACCUUAAGACGUGCUAAAAUCCACUUUUUAACUUUCUUUCACUUCUGUUUCUCGUCCAGCACAAAGCAGUAUCUUGGAGUGUGAGAAAUGGAUAGCAGUGUUUAUCAAGUUUAUGAAGAUGAAAUUCAGUUACUGGAAGAAGAAAUUAAGCUGUUGUCUGAAAAAUAUGAAGAUAUCCAACAGGAAUCCACCUUUUUUUCUGAUGAAGAAGUACUGAUGUCAGCAAAAUUAUUCCAGAGGGAAUUUCUGAGAGAAUAUAAGGGAUAUACAUCUCCAUUGGACCUGAAAGCUGAACUUGAAAGUCUAGAGAGAGAUCUCUCCUUUUUGAUGAAGUUCACUGGUAUUCAGAUCACAAGUCAUUCUAAGAAAACAUUAGAAAAAACUGUAAAUAGAACAGUUCGGAAGCACAAAUUAUCAGGAAAUUGCCAGUCCUUGCCUUUUUGUUUGGAAUUCCAGCUUCUUGAAGUGCAGAACAAAGAGAAUGUGUCUGCUGCUAUUACUGAUCUCAGCAUCGUAGUGGAAUCUGGACUGUGCUCAGAAUUAAGCAAGUUUGUGGCCAGCACUGAAGAACAUGGAAAUCUUUUGAUGUUUUUCAGGAGCUUUUCAUCUUAUGCUGAGUGGUGUAAACAUCGUAGAUGCACCUUCCUACAUUUCAAGGCUAAAUAUCCCAACAUCGUAAUCCUUCCAGAAGGACUGGAGGGAGAUCACAUAAUUCUAAGGAACCCUCAGCUUCCCGGGUUUGAAUUAACGAUUGUUUGGAAGGUGCAUAUCAGCGAAGAAGGGACAACUACACCUGUUCUGGACCUCCUGCCCAAAGUACCGGAGCAAGUUGGUGAGCAGAAGAAAGCAGCUAUUGACAAUGCACCUACCUGCUUCCGAAGCAUGCUGCUUUUGUUUGGGAUUGAAACUGCUAUUGAGAAUCUGAUUCAAGCGUUCAGCUUGGAAAAAUGAAUACCAGCAUAAUGUACAACAGGUAGCAAUU